CGUGCAGGUGAUGUGCUGCGAUAAAUUUUGAGGCUUGCAGUGGCACGGAGUGGCAGUGGCAAAUUGGUGGAAGAAACGAUGAAUUUAGCAAGAGACGUCACAACUGUUGCUCUUGUUGAGAAGGAUGACAGGCCGUGUGGUAUUCGGUUAGUUCACACCGACAGAACAAAUGUAGCAGCUGACCCUACUGAUCUGGUGGAACUAGCCAGAGUUGUACAAAAGGCAGAUGAAUUCACACGGGCUAAUGCCAGUAACAAACUCCUGACAAUUGCUGAGCAGAUCCGAUACUUACAGGAGCAGGCUCGGACUGUCUUAGAAGAUGCCAAGAGAGAUAACGAGCUUCAUCACAUAGCAUGUAACAUCAAAAAACGACCUGGUCAGAUCUACUACCUUUACAAACGACAAUCUGGUCAGAAGUACUUCUCCAUUCUCUCGCCUCAGGAGUGGGGUAAAAGCUGUCCACAUGAGUACAUAGGCUGCUAUCGACUGGAACAUGACAUGUCCUGGACACCAGAGGAAGACAUGAAAAGGCGGAGUCAGGAAAUUGGAUUGAUUGACCAACUUCUCACAUCACAAGCUAGUCUAACCUCAAAUCCUCAGCCUAACUUCCAGGGACUUCUACAAGUCCAGGAUACUAAGAUUAAAAGCAAAGGAUCCGAGAAUAACAACUGAGUUAGAUUUGGAUGAACUGAGUUCUCAGCUUUACAAUUCUGUAACUUGUUCCGAGCUAGGAACUAAUGAUAAGUUUGUCUAAUAAUCUAGACAGAGAGACUGAAUCAAAACAUUUUUAGAUAAAAUUAAAUGAACAAGCUGAAUGGACACAGCAUUUUCAUUGUCAUAAGUGUAACAGCGCCCUCUUCAGAUAUGACUUCUAUUGGUCACUAAUUAAGUGCUACAUUUACUUUCAUAGUGUAAAGUCUGUUAAUGUGAAGAUCUAUGGAAUUCGCAUAUUGACUCCAAUCAACAGUUUCUCGGUACCACUGAUGUCACUAGAGGGGGGUCGAGGGGUGUCACCCCCGUUCCCAUUGGUUUGUAGGAGUUGAAAUUUAUGGUGGUCAGCUGGCCCAAGGCCAGUAGAAAAGUCGGCGGACCAGCUGGUGGGCCAGUACAAAAUGUACAUGUACUUGACAAAUUUAAUAAAGUGUUAAAGAACUGAUAAAAGAUUUGCGUACAUACAUCCAAAUUGUAGCUUCACCACGCGUACGCACCAUGCGCUUGGCUAACCUAGAGCGUUUUUGAAUCCAUUGGAUUCAGCUUAGACUUCAUGGUCUGUAGGCAAAAGAAAAAACGGAGAAUGAAGAUGAAUGAAGAUGAAGGGGGAUACAAUACACUCGUUUUGCAUGACGGUCCGUCAGCAAAUUUCCUGUAGCACCCCGAUUCAAAAUGGUCUAGCGACGCCGGUGAGUAUCAUGCAACAGGUACAUGUAUGUUGAAAUCAAUAUUAUAAGAGAGAUAUUGACAAAUACGAAGAGCUACCAGCUGGUAGCUGGUGGAGUUGGGCAGCUCAGUUUGUAGAGCACUGGUACGGUAUUCUAGAGGCCGCAGGUUCAAAUCCUGCUCCAGUCAAUUUCUUUGUUCAUUUUUAUGCAUUCAUAAGCACUUAGUCAGUUUCCUUAUAUCAUUUGUUUCAAUAUUAUAACAAAUAGUGACAGAGAAAUUAUCACAGUUAAAGAUGGCAUGAUGUACAUGCUAAAUUUACCAAAGGCUUGGAACAAAUUAUCAUCCUAUUGAAGAAAUGAUGAGCUGUGCUGUGCUCCUAAGACCUACAUUAACUGCAUCAUCCAUGCAGCAAUCGUCAGAAUUUAUUGUUUUAUGUCCAUCAGCUCUCUGUCAUUUUGUCUCAGUUUAUCAGCUUAGUUUCCAUUUGCAUAAUUGUAAUGCAUGUACCUUUCUUAAGUAACAGUUACAUUCAGUCACUGGCCUGCCACAGGUGCAGGUCCUACAAUGGGAGAGGGCUUAAUGUACCUAUUAAUGACUGAUGCUUGAUGGUCUCACAACUACCCCCCCCCACUUUGAAAAUCAUUCCGCUGCCAGUGAAUUCCGUUAAUGUAGGUCUGCAAGCGUGUUCAGAGACAUUUGGCUUGUCAGGCUCGUUUUUAUCUCAGGCUUCCUUGGCAUGAAACAACUGACAAAUAUUACCCUCCCUCCGGAGGGGAUGGCAGUCCAUUACAUACUGCUCAUGCCAGUACCUAUUUAUACAUUGAGUGGAGAGAGGCAAGCAGGGGUUAAGUGGUUCCCUAAAGACCACAAAUUAUGGCCAAACUUGGGUUAAUGGGUACCAGCAUAUUUUAAAGGAUCAACAGUCGUCAGAAUUAUGUAAGUCAGCAUCAUUGCUCAGAUAUUGAGGAGUAUUGUGUGGUUGCACUGUUGUGUUCAAUUAUAUAAAUCUUUUGCUUGUCUAGUGGACAUUAAUCAAAAGUACCACAGUAAAACACCACCUUUUAUUUGAAAGGUUCUAUUCCAAGUUAAAAAUAAUUAUAUGUAGAAAACAUUUAAAUAGCUACAUAUUAAAAUAA